UCCAUGCUGGAGAGUUUCCUGUCCAUCCCACGGCGUGAUAGACAGAGCAUUUCUCUCUGAAGCAGUUGUCUUUUUUCUGCUCAGAGUUCCCCGUCUUCAGUUGGACUGAGGCUUUUAUUCUGUUAGACUUCUGAAAUCCUCUAGUUUGGCGUUUGGAAGGCCUCAGGCUCCAUUUAGACUUUGUUUUUUCUGCCUGUUUAGCCUCCAUGGCCUAAAAUAUCUGGAGCUGAUGCUGCUCCUCCAGCUGGACCAACUGUGAAAACAUCAGCAGGACUCUGUUCAUCCAUGACGGUUCAUGAACCUCUGGAAUUCAGAGAGAAGAGCGUGUCAGGAGGAGGAAAACGUACCACGACUCUCAUGGUGUAGAAUCAGCAGGAAUUGAGGUUCUGUUCUCAUGUUCCUUGUGUCAGCAGUAAAGGACCCACGACCAUAGAAUCCCCCUUUGACAUGUAAAAUCUGUGCAGUUUCAUUUAAUAAUUUGUUUUCUGCUGUUCUUUUCCCGUCAAAGUUAAUAAAAGUAAUCCAGGUGUUGUGUAGUGCAGUUUACAGACUGUCCGAUUAGGGAUUUACUUUAAAUAAUUGUAAUGGAUUACAUUUCAAAUGUACUUGUUUCGUCCGAUUAAGAGUGGAUGACCUUUAUUUUGUUGAGCUUCCUGCUUCAACUUGUGCUUUUAUUUCGAAGUAGCAACCGGAAACGGGAUGGUUUUUGACCGUUUCUAGCUGAGCGUUUGAAAAGAGGAGGAAAGUGGAAUGUUUCCUUCCUCUCCAUCUGUUGGUUGCGGGACUUCGUGGAGGUUUAGCUGGACUCUUUCGUGUUUGAAAUCACCACAAAGCGGAUUUUUUUCCCCGCCUGAGAUUUUCUGCUCCGCGGGAGGAGCUGCAGGCCGAUGCCGGCAGGUGAUGAUGGAUGCCAGCGGGGAUCCAGGUCGUCCUCCUCCUUCUCUCUUCUGUCCUCAGACGGCUGGACCCUCAGGGGGAAGAAGAGGAAACAGAUCAACAGGGAUGCAGAUUCUCUCAGUCUGUGCAGUCUGGACAUCAAUGAGCCCAGCUCCAAACGCAGCAAACCCGUUUCCAGGGUGGCGUCUCUGGCCAGCCUGCUGCCGCCUGUCAAAAGCACCCCCCUGAAGAGGAUCGGCCUGCGGCUGCAGCGCUCCAUCAGUUUGCAUCAUGACAAUCAGAGCGCCGCUCCUCUUCCUCCCUCUUCCUCCUUAACAAUGACUGCACGGGUCAUCCCGGCCGCCAUCUCUGACUCCUCGUCCUCCGUCACAGCAUCUCGUGUUUCCACGGCAACAGCUCAGCCCUCCAAGCGCCGCGACAGCAAGCUGUGGAGCGAGACGUUCGACGUCCGAACGGGAGCGACUCAAACUCUGAGCCCGAAGGAGAUCAAACGACAGGAGGCUAUUUUUGAGCUGGCUCAGGGAGAACAAGACCUGGUGGAGGAUCUCAAGCUGGCCAAGAAGGCCUACCAUGACCCCAUGCUGAAGCUGUCCAUCAUGACCGAGCAGGAGCUCAACCAGAUCUUUGGAACUCUGGAGUCCCUGAUUCCUCUGCAUGAAGACCUUCUAGGUCGCCUCCGAGAUGCCAGAAAACCUGACGGGUCCACAGAACAUGUUGGGCAUAUCCUGACUGCCUGGCUGCCCUGUCUCUCCUCCUACACGUCAUACUGCAGCAACCAGGUGAAAGCCAAGGCCCUGCUGGACCAGAAGAAGCAGGACCGGCGAGUUCAGGACUUCCUGCAGCGCUGCCUUCAGUCGCCUUUCAGCAGGAAGUUGGACCUGUGGAACUUCCUGGACAUCCCUCGCAGCCGGCUGGUGAAAUAUCCGCUGCUGCUCAGAGAGAUCCUGAAGCACACGGCCAUCGAUCACCCGGACCGGCAGCACCUGGACGAGGCGAUGCUGAUGGUCCAGAGUGUGGUGGCUGACAUCAACAGGCAGACCGGGGAGUCCGAGUGUCAGUACUACAAGGAGCGUCUGCUGUACUCAGAGGAGGGGCAGAGGGACCAGCUCAUCGACCGCUCCAAGACCCUCUGCUGCCACGGCGAGCUGAAGAACAACCGCAGCGUCAAGCUCCACGUCUUCCUGUUCCAGAACAUCUUGGUCAUCACUCGCUCCGUCUCGCUCCACAACCAGCCCGUCAGCUACCAGCUGUGCCGCCAGCCCAUCCCUCUGACCCGGCUGGACCUGGAGGACCUUUCCGACGGGGAGAUGAGAGUGGGCGGGUCCAUCAGAGGCGCCUUCAGCAACACCGAGCGGACAAAGAAUUUCUUCCGGGUUUCGUACCGUGCAGAAGGACAGCCGCUGACGCACAGCUUCCAGGCCAGCGACGCCUUCAACAAGCAGCAGUGGAUCAACUGCAUCCGACAGGCCAAAGAAGCCGCAGUGCAGCAGGUGCAGGCGGGAGAGCGGCUGGAUCCUGGACCGCUCCGGGAGACGGAUCUGGAUCCUGGACCGCUCCGGGAGACGGAUCUGGAUCCUGGACCGCUCCGGGAGACGGAUCUGGAUCCUGGACCGCUCCGGGAGACGGAUCUGGAUCCUGGACCGCUCCGGGAGAGGGAUCUGGAUCCUGGACCGCUCCGGGAGACGGAUGUGGAUACUGGGCUUGGAAAAGACAGAGGAAGGUGGAGUGAGUCAGAGCCAGAUUUGGGUUUGGACAGAAGUCUGGGUUCAGGAGAGGAUGUUGGUUCUGUUAUGGGGACAUGUUCGGGUCUGGAGGGCGCCAUGUGUCUGGAAACAAGUGGAGGAUCCGAGGCAGAGGAUCCGACGAUGGCAGGAGAACGGGACACAGCGUGGGUUGGAUCAGAACCAGGAGCUGCUGUGGACUGGAAGAUGGGCAGAGAAGAACCGACUGUCAGCACAGUCGCCUGCUUUUUCUCAGCUGGUCUGAACUUGAAGGAAGAGGAAAUGACAGAGGAAGAGCAGAGGGGUUCCAAGGAAGGAGAAGAGGAGACGGACUUCCUGCAGUGUGAGGAGAUGAGCUAUAGAUGCUGAUCCAGAGCACCAAUCAGAGCCCUUAGAGGGAGUCACAUGACCAGCCAGCAGCAGCACCGCAUGAGCUGCAUGUUUGGGCCUGGAGAACCGAACACAGGCUCCACAUUCACAUCUUUGAGUGCAGAACUUCUCAGCUUCAUGCAGAAAUGAUCUUUUUUGCUGCAGAUAUUUUCAGGAUUUCCUUUUUUUUCUAUAUCAUGUGUUUGUAUUUUUACACAUAGAGCUCUGAGGAGUUUCCUGAUGUCAUCUUGAUCCUAAUAAAGAGUUAAAUUUCCACAGAAAAACA